CAACAACUCUCCUUCUCUGAUCUCCUGCAGUCCGAGGUUAUUGUACCAGUCAUGCUUAAAACUGUUAUGAAUGAAGGAACCAAAAUACCCCUUAUUGGCUGUAUUGUACAACUUUAUUUCUUUGGUGCCACUGAAGCUUUACAGAGUUUCCUUCUAACUGCGAUGUCCUAUGACAGAUAUCUGGCCAUCUGCAAUCCCCUGCGUUAUUCUUCACUAAUGAGCCACAGAGUCUGUGUUAAACUAAUUGCCAUGUCAUGGCUGCUUGCCCUUAGUGUUACAUCAGUUGUUGUGAUUGCUGCAGCUACACAAGAGUUCUGCAACCAAAAUACCAUCAACCAUUUCUUCUGUGAUUUAUUUCCUCUACUGGAACUUUCCUGCUCAGACACCUCCUUGGCACGGAUAUUGAUAAUGACAAUAACUGUCCCUGCAGUUCUGUUACCCUUUAUGUUCAUCAUUGGAUCAUAUAUCUGUAUUGCCCAUGAAAUCCUAAAGAUAGUGUCCAGUAUUGGGAGACAAAAAGCCUUCUCCACCUGCAGCUCCCACUUGGCCGUGGUCUCCAUAUUUUAUGGGACUCUCAUUGGUAUUUAUGUGGUUCCCACAAGAAACCAGUCACAGACCAUUAGCAAACUCCUUUCCCUUUUAUACACUGUAGUGACUCCUUUUAUUAACCCAAUGAUUUACAGCUUGAAAAGUGCAGAUAUGAAAAAUGCCAUUAAAAACAUUAUACAAGGUGGCUUGCCUUGGAGCUGA